GGCGGCUACUUCCCGGAGCAUGUGAAGGCGAUGACCAGCCUGCGCUGGCUGAAGCUGAACCGCACGGGGCUCUGCUACCUGCCCGAGGAGCUCGCCGCCCUCCAGAAGCUGGAGCACCUCUCCGUGAGUCACAACAGCCUCACUACGCUCCACGGCGAGCUCUCCGGCCUGCCCUGCCUCCGGGCGAUCGUGGCUCGUGCGAACAGCCUGAAGAAUUCGGGAGUCCCUGAUGAUAUCUUCCAGCUGGAUGAUCUCUCGGUGCUGGACCUGAGCUACAACCAGCUCACGGAGUGUCCCCGGGAGCUGGAGAACGCCAAGAACAUGCUGGUUCUCAACCUCGGCCACAACAGCAUCGAGACCAUCCCCAACCAGCUCUUCAUCAACUUGACGGACCUGCUCUACCUCGACCUGAGCAACAACAAGCUGGAGAGCCUCCCACCGCAGAUGAGACGCCUGGUCCACCUCCAGACCCUCAUCCUCAACAAUAACCCUCUCCUGCACGCUCAGCUCCGGCAGCUCCCAGCGAUGACUGCCCUGCAGACCCUUCACCUCAGGAACACCCAGCGCACGCAGAGCAACCUGCCCACCAGCCUCGAGGGCCUGGUGAACCUGGCAGAUGUGGACCUGUCCUGCAACGACCUCAGCCGCGUCCCUGAGUGCCUCUACACCCUGGGCAGCCUGCGGCGCCUCAACCUCAGCAGCAACCAGAUCACAGAGCUGUCCCUCUGCAUCGACCAGUGGACGCAGCUGGAGACCCUCAACCUGUCCCGCAACCAGCUCACCUCCUUGCCUUCGGCCAUCUGCAAGCUGACCAAGCUGAAAAAGAUGUACCUGAACUCCAACAAGCUCGACUUUGACGGCAUCCCCUCAGGCAUCGGCAAGCUCGCCAACCUUGAGGAAUUCAUGGCGGCCAACAACAACCUGGAGCUCAUCCCCGAGAGCCUGUGCAGGUGCUCCAAGCUGCGGAAGCUGGUGCUGAACAAGAACCGCCUGGUGACGCUGCCAGAGGCUAUCCACUUCCUGACGGAUGUGGAGAUCUUGGAUGUGCGCGAGAACCCCAACCUGGUGAUGCCCCCGAAGCCGGUGGAUCGGACGUCGGAGUGGUACAACAUCGACUUCUCCCUGCAGAACCAGCUCCGCCUGGCCGGAGCCUCCCCGGCCACCGUCGCGGCCCCAGCAGCACGGAGCGGCACCAAGGACCCACUGGCCCGCAAGAUGCGGCUCCGGCGGCGCAAGGACUCUGCCCAGGAUGACCAGGCCAAGCAGGUGCUGAAGGGGAUGUCGGACGUUGCCCAGGAGAAGAACAAGAAAAUAGAG